UUCCGAUGCUUUCUAAAAAUUAUUUGAUUUAGGCUUCUUCGUCACCUUCAUCAAAUUAGGGUUUUCUCUGUUCCCAAUUUCGGAGUUUCUUUGGCUUAGGCUCUAAGGUCCACUCCCCUGCUUUGGUUUCUCUGUCCGGAGAGAGAUCUACUUUGCUCUCCCUUCUUCUCCAGCUUGAACGGGAACUUUCCUCGUUUGUUUUUUUUUUCUGCGUCUUCGACCAUGUUUUGGAAGUUGUCGGCUCUAUCUGCCGCUUCGCCGAUUUUUGGAUGAAUUGAAAUUGGAAACGAUAAAGGGUGUAUGUCUUUGUGGCUUAAUUAUACGGUUGAAUCUAUCCUAGACAAGGAAGACUUCACUUUGGAAGAGCUCCUGGAUGAGGAAGAUAUAAUCCAAGAGUGCAAAGCUUUAAACAGCCGGCUCAUAAAUUUUCUGAGAGGAAGAACCCAAGUGGAGCAGUUAUUACAUUAUAUUGUCGAGGAAGCUGCAGAAGAUGCUGAUAGCAAGCGUGCUUUCAAGUUCCCUUUCAUCUCCUCUGAAGUAUUCGCAUGUGAAAUAGAUGUCAUUCUUAGCACUUUAGUGGAGGAUGAGGAGCUAAUGAACCUCCUCUUCUCCUUUUUGGAGCCAAAGCGUUCUCAUAGUGUAAUGCUAGCGGGAUAUUUCAGCAAGGUUGUCAUAUGCCUCAUUUUGAGGAAGACGGUUCCACUGAUGAACUAUGCCAAAGCCCAUCAAAAUGUUUUCCAGCAACUGGUUGAUUUGAUAGGGAUUACGGCCAUAAUGGAGGUUCUAACUCGAUUGGUUGGUGCUGAUGAUCAUGUAUAUCCCAACCACCUGGAUGUGAUGCACUGGUUGGCUGAUAGCAAUCUGCUGGAAAUGAUUGUAGAUAAACUUAACCCUCUAAAUACUCCUGAAGUUAAUGGAAAUGCUGCUGAAACACUCUGCAUGAUCACGCAAAAUGCACCAUCACCUUUGGCUACCAAACUGUCUAGUCCCAGUUUUGUUGCUAGGAUAUUGGGCCAUGCCUUGGAAGAUGCCCGCUCCAAAUCUUGCCUUGUACACUCACUUUCCGUGUGUAUUUCUUUGUUGGAUCCAAGAAGAUAUGCAGUUUCUUCUCCCUUUAUGUAUACGUUUAGAGGCCAUCAUCUCUUUGAGUCCCCAAUUUCCGUGAACCCUGAGACUGUUGCUGCCAUGCUGCCUAAACUUGGUGAAUUACUUGCACUUUUGAAUGUAUCUUCUGAUGAAAAGAUACUACCGACAACUUAUGGGCAGUUGAGACCUCCUCUUGGUAGUCAUCGUCUUAAGAUUGUAGAGUUCGUAACUGUCUUGUUGAAAACUGCCAUUGAAGCUACAGAAAAGGAACUAGUGACCGCCGGAGCCAUCAGAAGAGUUCUUGAUCUGUUCUUUGAGUACCCUUAUAAUAAUGCAUUGCAUCAUCAUGUGGAGAGUAUAAUAGCGUUGUGUUUGGACAGCAAGAACGAUGCCAUAGUCGACCAUCUCCUCCAAGAGUGUGAUCUGAUUGGAAAAAUUCUUCAAAUAGAGAAACAACCAAUUCUUUCCGGUGAUAACCAGCCAACAUUACCCACUGCUGGGAAACCUGAGCUUCGAGUGGGAAAUAUUGGGCAUAUUACAAGAAUCGCAAACAAGCUUGCUCAAUUAUCAAGAAGCAAUAGCCAAAUAAAGACAUUUCUACAGGAAAAUAAUGAAUGGAUCGAGUGGGAAACUAACGUUUUGCAAGAUCGUAAUGCUGUUGAAAAUGUCUACCGCUGGUCUUGCGGCCGCCCAACCACGUUACAUGAUAGAACUAGGGAGAGUGACGAAGAUGAUAUUCAAGACAGGAGUUAUGAUCUUGCUGCUCUAUCUAACAACUUGAACCAGUUCAGAUACAACAUGUUUGAGAACGAUGGUUCUGAGGAGGGUCAUGGUGCAAAUGGCAGUGUCCAAGAGGAUACACGCUUGGAUGAUGAAUCCGAUGAAGUCGUUAUAUCGUCCUUGAGACUUGGUGAUGAACAGGCGAGCAAUUUGUUCACAAACUCAAACUGGUUCACAUUCCAAGAAGAUGGGUUCAGCGAAAGCACAAGAAUAACACCUUUGGAGGAGACGAUGGAGGAUGUGAGCUUGAACGAACCAACCAAUGGUAACAAUGCAGGAGCAGAAGACGGAUCAAUGGCGGAAACCAAGUAUCCCGAUAACGUUGAGCAGAAUCUCGGGUUUGAUGCACCGAGAAAUGAAGAUUUGAGUUCGGAUAACUCCUCAUCCACCGAAUGGGUAACACGGGGAAAUUCUUCAUCCACCGUUCCGGUCGGUGAAACUUUGACAAACCCAUUUGUCGAUGAGGACGAGGGCAGGAUGUCCGACCUGAGAAUCCCCAACGGCGGCCUGACCUCCUCCGAGGGGUCGUCGGAGAUUAUGAGCCCGAGAUCGCCGCCCGUCCCUUCGCUGUUUGAAGAGGAAGUGGAGUUUGUAGGGGUGGAGCCUGAAGGAACAGAGAGGGCAAUGGAGCAAGCUCUCAAGGAAGGCAUAGUCGGAGAGGCCGGGCCGAUGAAGAGGACCACCACCAUCCCGUCGCCGGAGAAGGAGAAUUCCGGCGAGAAGAAGAAGGAGUUCAACGACACAAACUACUGGAGAAUCGAUCAAGAGGUGACGGUGGUGGAAUAAAGCCGUAAUGAGAAUGUAUAGUGUUUUAGAUCUUACCAGUUACCAGUGGUUCACUCUCGACUCUUUUACAUUGUUCUUUUACUUCUUACAGAUUUUCUCACAGUUUGCUACAGAAGUUCCCGUUGAUAUUUUGUUCCUUCGAUUUUGUAACACUUGUUGUUGUCCUUUUUUUUAAUAUACAAAAUAUGUUUUAACGUCU